CAAGGAGGUGUGCAGGCGAGUCAAAGACCUUUCACAUUGGGUCUCCACCCACAGUGGAACUUGAUGUUUGGUUCUGCCUGUCCUUACUAUCUUGGGCGGACAUUGUAUAUGAGAAACGGGUGGUGUUGGCUUUGUUUCUGUGGGCUGCUGUCCACUGUAGCGCUGUAAACUGAGGAGAUCCUUGUAGAGUAAGGAGGACAGGGCAAGGUGGGGUGAGGGACAUGGCAUCCCUUCUGAUGCGUAUCUUUCGUUUGGGCCCGGAGAAGAAGAGGGUGAAGCAUUAUGAGAACCUCCGGAGAGACGUGGACCCUCGAGAGACCUGGGACACCCAGGGGGAGCUGGGAGACGGGGCCUUUGGGAAGGUCUACAAGGCCCAGAACCACACCACUGGGGCCCUGACUGCUGCUAAAGUGAUGGAGGUACGCAACGAGGAGCAGCUUGACGACUAUAUCACCGAGAUCGACAUCCUGGCAGCCUGCCGCCAUAACAACAUCCUUGGGUUGUUGGACGCCAUCUUCUUUGAGGGUUGGCUGUGGAUCCUGGUUGAGUUCUGCCCAGGGGGGGCCUUGGAUGACAUCAUGUUAGAGCUGGAGCGGGGCCUGACUGAGCAGCAGAUCAGCGAGGUAUGCUGUCAGACCCUGCAGGCUCUAUGCUACCUCCACCAGCACCACAUCAUCCAUAGAGACCUGAAGGCAGGCAACAUCCUCCUCACCAUGGAGGGACACGUCAAACUGGCCGACUUCGGAGUGUCUGCCAAAAACAUACACACCCUCCAGAAAAGAGCCACUUUCAUUGGAACCCCUUACUGGAUGGCUCCAGAGGUGAUCCAGUGUGAGACCUCCAAGGAGAACCCGUAUGGCCCCAAGGCGGACGUCUGGUCCCUGGGCGUGACGCUGAUCGAGGCUGCAGAGAUGGAGCCCCCUCACCACUCACUCAACCCUAUGAGGGUCCUGCUCAAGAUCACCAAGUCCCCCCCACCCACCCUCAGCAACCCACGCCUCUGGUCCUCCCAUUUCCAGGACUUCCUGCGGAGAGCGCUGCAGAAGAACCCUGAGGCCCGGUGGGGAGCCCAGCAGCUCCUGGCGCACCCCUUCCCCUGCGCUGGACGGGAUGGUCGAGCCCUGAAGGAACUCAUCGCCGAGGCCAAGGCUGAGGUGAUGGAGGAGACAGCGUCCCUGAUCGACCAUGGGGGCUCUCUAGACGAGGACACGAUUGUGGGGUCGGAUGGAGGGAAUGCCCAGUCUGAGAAGGGGCUGGAAGAAGAGACAAUGCAGGUACCAGAGAAACCUCAGGAGGGCCCAUCUAUCAUACAGGCUGGUAUGAGUCCACCACCACCUCCACCCAACCCUGACCCAGUCUCUUCCUCCACCCCAGUGAAAGAUGGGGGCACCGCUGGGACCAGGGUGGAGACUCCCAACACGGACAGGGCCAGAAAGUUGGCCAGGCGUCUGUCGGUCUGGGAGCCAGGGACCUUUCUCUCCUUUCUGACCACCGGGUCUCGGCGCUGCAAGUCCGGUCUCUGGGGAGACACACCCUCAAUUCCAGCCAAUCAGACCCAACAGAACAAGGAGGACAGUCCCACUGGCCAAUCAGAAGAGCAGGAAGUGACACAUCCAGCAGGAGAGAGAGAUGCAGGGGAUGCGGAGAAGGAUCUGUGUGAGAAUGUUGGGAGGGGCAGCUUGGAGGGAGGGAUCACUCAACCCAUCCCUGAAACAAAUGACACAGGAGAUGAUGCAGAAGAAAAGGUUGAGGGGCAGAAAAAAGAGAAGGAUGAAAUUUCAAAUGACUGUGAGGCCCAAGACCUUGACCUGGAAGUGGUUUCUUCUUCUGAACAGGAAAUAGUAGGCAUUGAUAUCCACACUGAUAUGAACCAAAACAGUACCAAUGACUCUGUUGGUGAUGCACUUGACUCAGACAAUAAACAACCAAUUACUGAGGCUCAAUGUUCAGUUAAGGAAAUUGGUAUCCUUAAAUCAGCAACAAAUAAUGAUACUAAGCAUAGGGUAGAAGAAGCUCCUCGCCAGUUAGUGCACAAACAAAGUCCACUCGUUAUAGCCUUGUCUUUGGAAAUGCCCCAUCCAUCCACAAAAGAGAGAGGAGAAACCCAGCACUCAGUGCUAGACUUUCUGGAUCUCUCCACUCAUAACCACUUCAAGAUGGCCACCAGUGGGAAGGCUGAGGAAGAGACAAAACAGAGCAAAGACGAGAGGACGGAAGGGACCAAGGAGGAAAUACAAAAGGAGAGGGGAGAGGAGGAGCAGGAACAGGACAAGGAUGAGAAGAUUUUAGAAGAGAAUGAACUACAUGCUAAGAGAGAUGAAGAGGCAGAGCACGAGGGGAGUAUGGUAGAAGAAAGGGAUAAGAUGCAGAUAAAUAAAGAAGGAAUACAAGACAAGACAUAUCUAGAAGAAGAACAGGAGGUCAAGGUGGAGUUAAAGACAAGCGAGGGAGAGACAAGCAACUGUCCAGACAUUGAGAAAACUCCAGACAAAGGAAUGGACUUAAAAGAACAUGAAGCAAGUCCUGAAAUGGAGGACGGAGAAUCUAAGAGUGAUAUUGAAGAGACUGUACAAUCAGAACAAACAGGAGAAAUACAGACUGAAACAGAGAAGCAAAGAAGUGAAUCAACAAUGGAAGUCGAGACCAGUGAAAAGGAGAAGAGUUUGAGGGCAGACACAGAAGAUAAAAUCCUUGAUAUCAAAGUGACUGAAUGUGAAAAUGUAGAGAGAGCAGAGGACAGAACAGUGAGAAAAGAUGAACAGAGUAAAGAGGAGGACCUUGGAUUAGAAAGUGAUAACAUUGUGAUUAUCCAAGCACAAGAAUCCAAUAUGAUCAUAAAGCAGGAGCCGAAAGAAGAGAGAAACAAACAAGAAGAAAGUAAGGGAGAAGAGAAGAUGACUGACCCCCCAACUGGAGAACCUAUGAUGAGGGUAAACUUGACCUUGGAGUCAAAUAGUGGGAGGGAGGAAGGAGGGAAAGAGGAAGGAGGGAAGAAGCUGGAGGAAGGAGGUGAGGAGGAGGAGGCAGGUCAGACCCAAUUAAACAUAUUGACCGAACAGAGCUCAACUAGAUCUCAGGGAACAGCUACAGACACCGUACACCUGAACUCAGCAUCAAAUGGAAACUGGCACCAAGUGACAGACAAUAAACCCAAGAUGGCUGCCACUGAUGACCAAGCUGACAUGACAGAGAAAGACAACUCAACAAUGACAGUCUCAACAAUGUCAAGACCUGUAGAGGAGUUGAUCCAUAACAGGAAGACGGUCAAAAGGACCCGGAAGUUCAUGGUGGACGGCCGAGAGGUCAGCGUCACCACGUCAAAGGUCCUGAAAGAGACCGAUGGGAAAGAGCGGCGCAUGCGGUCUGCCAGGCGCCAGGAGCUGCAGGCUUUAAAGCUCCUUCAGAGGGAGGAGCAGAGAGAGUACUCCCAGAUGGAGCAGCGGCUGCAGCAACAGAGAGAGAUGAUGUUCCGACAGAUCGCCCAGGAGAUGACAAGCAAGAAGCAGUAUUACGACAGUGAGCUGGAGCGGGUAGAAAAGCAGUAUGUUCAGCAGAGCAGCCGCAUGGAGACAGAGCACACAGCCAAGCUCAGAGAGGACGCACGCAGACUCAAGAGCCAGCAGGAGCGAGAGCUGAACCGCAAGACUGCUGUACUGAAGGCUCAACCCAGAGAAGAGGCGCGUUACUUGCAGAAGCAGCAGCAGGAGCUCAAUGAGACGCUCCAGAAAGGAGUCCAGGAACACAAGAGGAAGGUGGCCUCUAUGGAGUGGGAUAUCACUGUCAAGACCCAGCAGCUUAAGAGAGCCCGGGAAUCAGUAAUUUGGGAGAUGGAGCAACGUCAUCUGCAGGAGAAGUACCACCUCUUCAAGCAGCAGGUGAAGGAGCAGUAUUCACUGCAAAGACAACAGCUUACCAAGAGGCACAGCAAAGAUACAGACAGGGCGUCCCAGUUCCAUCGGGCAUUGCUGGAUGAGCAGAGGGCCCAACAGGCCCAGGAGAGGACCCAACUCCAGCGAGCCCAGCGCACCGAGGCCAAGGCCAGGCUGGCCCACUUCAAGCAAGAGUUGAAGACACUGGGCCUGAGUGGGCAAGAGCACAGGCAGCGCCUCACACUGUUUAUGUCGGAGGAGGAGGGCAUUCAGCGAGCUGAGAGGCAGAGUUUGCAGCAGGUCCAUGAGGGCCAGCUGAGGGAGGUGCAGGAGCAGUGUGACGGCAAUAUGACUGAACUCCAGGAGCUUCAGAAUGAGAAACUGCAGCUGUUAGUUGAUAUGGAGAAGAAGAAGAUUCGGAGACUGGAGGAUGAACACACUCUAGAGCUGAACGAGUGGAAAGACAAGCUGGCCUGCAGGAAAGAGGUGUUGGAGGAAGACCUGGCUCGCCGGAGGAGAGAGAAGGAGGGAGCGAAGAGACGGGGGAGUGAGCCUGAGUCCCGGUUUGCACCUCGACGCUCACGAUUCUUCUCAAGCCUCAAUUUCUCUUAACUGACCACGACCAAAAGAGAAAACAAUCCUGAAAAAUCUAACUGCGUUUUAUAUCAGACACACACUCUUACAGGGAACUCACAUACGUGUAUAUAAACAACAUACUAUUAUUUUACUCUGACAGUGCCUGACAUUUUUUAAAGGACCUAAACUCAUUAUACAGAGGAGUGACUAUAAGAGGAAUUACUGACAAUAUUUUUUAUUUUUGUCAAAUAUUGUAUAUGCCUCUCUUGCAAGAGAAUAGAGGACAUGUUUGUACAUAUUUCAAUAGUUGACCACUGAAGGAUGUGUAGCAAGCUACAUUAGUAUGUGUUCUUUCAAACACUGUUGUGGGGCAGACAUUUCCCUUCUAUUAUUUUGAACCUAAUGUUUGCAAUAAAUUACAAAUCCAUAUAAAAUGUUGGUCAUCAUCUA